AUUGACAAUGGCAAUGAACAUAUCGUACGCCAUCCGGCUGUCAUUACCUAUUCACACCUCUGAAUGCGCCACAUUAUGUAAUAAUAAUUUAUAAACAUUUUACGUGAAAAUUCGUGCGGUUACUCAUGGAAUGUCCAUUAUUAUAGUUUUCCCGCGACCGCUACCAUGAUGGUUAAUAGUGGUUGAAAUGAACCAGCAUGGAAACGGAGAGUAAUACAUUAUUGACUCAGCUUAGGCUUAAACAUGAGAAUCACGCGAAUGCUUUAACACACAUCAGCGGCGAAGCUUCAGAGGGCCUGAAAAUAAAAUUACGAGCAUUGCUUGUGGCGCUACUGGGCGUGUCGAUGUCGGCAUGUGCGUUUGCCUCCCAGCCCGUCGAACUGGAGUUAGAUGACGACGAUGUCGCUCAGAAACUCAACAAUGUCAGCUUUGCUAGGCGGAUCACUAAGCCUACAAUUCGACUUGUCAUGGGAUAUGGGAAGCUCAGUGCAUUUGUCACCGCAACCACAUCACUGCUUUUAUUGGUGGCUGUCAUGUCUAAGCAAUCCUGGUGGCGUCGUGGGGCUCGAUGGUUAGCCGCACCCGCGCUGCUGGUGGCUGCGCUAGAGACCGCCUCCGAUGCCAGCGACGCCAUGCUUGCGGCCGUUCUGCGAGGUUCUGCUGAGCCAGCCCGCGUCGCGGUACAAACCGCCGCCGCUGCCUUACUCAUCACCGUCGAGAUAUUAGUCUGGUACUUCAUAGCGAAAUUUUUCGAGUAUAAUCCACCCCCGACAGCCGAAGACCGAGAAAAAGGAAACCUAAUGAGAUCAAUGCCACAAUAAAAUAAUUCAACAAGUAAUAGAUACACAUACAUCUAGAUAUUUUAUAUCUAUAAAUCGCUUUUUAAAAA